AUGACUGCUACGCUGAAUGGGAUGUUUAAUUCGGCGCCAGAUACCCCGUCGCCCGUCUAUCCCGAUAGACUGAUCCGCCCCCUCCCCAAGCGUCCCCUUCGGUCUCGGUUGUCUACUGAUGCCGCCGAUACAAUCCUUUACCCCCCUGCUCCCCCGACAACACAAAUCUUCUACGGAGCUUGUGCGUCCAAUGGGGACGUUAUAAAUGACUCCAAAGUAUAUGUACAGCAGGGUGAUGGUGGCCGCGACCUAAGUCCCGAUAGCCGGGACCGCCACCUUCCUUAUGAGAAUGGUGUUGACUUAGAUAGCGGUGACGAGGAUGGGCCGGUUGUUGUCCGACGGAGUGCCGGAUUUCGAGGGUCGUCACUGUCACCUACACCUUCCGGCGUGCAACACCAAACACUCUCCGGUAUCGGGAAAGAGCAACCGACCAAGUCGUCCCCAACCGGGCCCGAUGGGUAUGAUGCCUUCGAAAACACCAACAACAAGAAAAAGCGCAAAAUACCAACGCCUGGGAACAUGGGGAGCCACCAUUCUUCUCUGUCGCCCGAGUUUACAGCUAUGGGAUUGACAAAUUCUGGACAACAGGUAUCAUCAUCUGGAGAAGGGGGCCAUGUGAGUACGUUUUACGGCACGGGUAGCCCUGCAUCACCGGUAGGCAAUGGGAUGUCUGGUUCGGGCAGAGGGCGCCUUAAACAUCAAGGAAGACGGUCGUCGGUACAUGGACAUGGUACUUGGGGACAGAAUCGUGCUACUAGUCUCCGGGAUGGGCCGCUAUCCUCUCCAGAACCGACAGGGGAGCGCAGCCAUGGUAUUAUCUCGGCCGCUAUUGCAAACGCUGCAGCCUCGGCAUUCUCACCGUCUCCUUACCGAGUUUCGGUUCAAGGUAGCAUGCUUGAACAGAAACAGACCACGCCGACAAGAACUCAGUUUACUUUCACAUGCGAGUCUGAUUCAUCUAAAGGGAUGGCAUUUCACGCCCAAAACUCGUACGCAUCUCAGCAUAGAUCCCCGAUCGCCCAGUCCCAACCAGGGUAUGGUAUGCGGGGCGUUUCUACACAAGGGACGCAGACCAGUCCGACUGCCGCAGCGCAAAUGAUCCAGCAACCAACUACUCAACAACAGCAACAACCACACCAAACGGCUGCAUCUACUGAGCCGCCACCUCCAGAGAGGAAGAAGAAGCGGUCACCCGGUAGCAUAUAUGCGUUGGCCGCGCGUCAACGCAAGAUUCAGCAACAAUACACAAACCUCCACCAUCCACCUAGACUUGAAGAUAUUUGGAUUUGCGAGUUUUGUGAAUAUGAAAGCAUAUUCGGACGCCCACCUGAGGCCCUCAUUCGCCAAUACGAGGUUAAAGAUCGUAAAGAGCGCAAGCGUUUGGCAGAGAAGAAAAGAUUUCUGGAGAAGGCGAAGAUGAAAGGACGCAAGCAUAAGAAAGCGACCAAGAAUUCAACGAAGCACGCGGCGACCCAACAUGCACCCCAUGAUCAGGGCUAUGACCGAACAUCUGUUGAUAAUUCGUCUUUAGGUGGGGAAGGACCGCACCACGACGAUUUUGGACCGGGCUACGAUGAUGAAAUAGCAAAUACUUCACCACCUGCUGCCCCUGCGGGGGCGUUCAAACCUCCGCUCCCUGGGGGAAGCGUAGCAAAAAAAACCACGGCGACCACAUCGGGCGGUAGAGGCACGACCCAGCCAGAACUGAGACACCUCGCACCUUCCCCCAACACAACCACCACCAAAACUUAUCAAUUCCACCUAAUGUGGUUCGUCCUCUUCAAAAUCUUCCGCUUCGGAUACUCCGAGACCAAGAAAUACAAGGCCAAAAAACAAGCUACACAACAGCCCCCGCACCCAGGCCCCUACGACGCCUCCCGCGACUACAAUAACGAGCAAUACCCAAUGGAGGCCUACCCACCCCCUCUCCCCGACCAAACCCCUCCUCCGGCGGCCAUGGGCAAGCGAGCCCGUGCUAAAGCCUUUAUCUCUACGAUCCUCGCAAUCUUGCAAUUCGCAUUCGGCCUCGCGGUCAUCGGCCUCUACAGCCAGGAUAUCCAUUCCGCGCACGACAAGGACAACUCUGCCCCCUCCCAAUGGAUUUAUGCCGUUGUCACUGCAUUCGUUUCAACGGUUACUGCGCUGCUAUAUCUUAUUCUAGGCUGGUGGUGGGCGAAGCGCGCCAAGCUUGCGUUUUCGCAGCGCCAGGGCCUCUUCCUGCCACUGUUUGUGUGGGAAAGUGUCAUUGUCAUUUUGUGGUUGGUUGUCUUUGGGAUCUUCGGGGAGAAAUAUAUUGGCGUUUAUCAUGUGGGAGGGAAGGAUGGUGGCGACUCGAAGGUUACGAGAAUGAGGAGGGCUGUGUGGGUUGAUUUGGCUUGCUUGGUGUUUUGGAUUGCCUCGGCCGCUUGGAGGGGUGUUAGGUGGUGGAAAGGGAAGGGUAGUUCGUUCAGGAGUGAGGCUGUGGAUGAGAAGGAGAUGGCUUGA